CAGGGGGGAAAGUCGCGCUCGUAAAAACGUUUGUUGAGGGAAAUCAAACAAACGAGUCGCUUUACUCGAACGAAAAGUAUAAAAGACGUCAGAUGCUAGCCUUUCCUGGCGUAGCUCUUGUGUUUAACUUAAAAGCGUGAUUCGGACGACCCAUUCGUCUAAUUUUCGAGGCAGAAAGAGGUGCGAGGAGGAGUGAAAAGGAGUCUUAGCGGCAAAAACGAACGUGUUCGAGUACUUCCGGGAUUCCUCCUGUUUGUGACCUCUUCUCUUUGCUACAUCUCCCCUGGGAAAGCCACUUAAAUGGCUGCAGCUUACCGUAAAACAGUCCCAUCCACGAGCCACAAGAAGAAAGCCAGUGCAAAAAUCGAGCUGAGCGAAGAGCAGAAGCAAGAGAUCAAGGAGGCUUUCGACCUUUUUGAUUCUGAUGGCACUGGCAAGAUUGACGUCAAAGAGCUCAAGGUUGCCAUGAGAGCUCUCGGCUUUGAACCCAAGAAGGAAGAAAUAAAGAAGAUGAUCGCAGACAUUGACAAAGAAGGUUCCGGAACCAUCGACUACAGCGACUUUCUCAGCAUGAUGACUAUGAAAAUGGGUGAAAAAGACACCAGGGAGGAAAUCCUGAAAGCGUUCCGACUGUUCGACGACGACUGCACGGGGAAAAUCUCAUUCAAGAAUUUGAAGAGAGUCGCCAAAGAGUUGGGGGAAAACCUCACUGAUGAAGAAUUGCAGGAGAUGAUCGACGAGGCCGACCGAGAUGGAGAUGGUGAAGUCAACGAACAGGAGUUCUUGCGCAUAAUGAAGAAAACUAAUCUUUACUGAUAACAUUUGUCCAAUAACUUUGUUUUUUAUUUUAAUAUGAUGCACAGUCUGUUUUCACAUUAGUAUGUAAAUAAACUUCUUAAACUUCCCCAA